GCGGCAGGCGGGAGUCUGGCGCGCCCUCCAUCCCCGCCGCAGUCAGGAAUCCUCGGCUAGUGGCUCAGGUAACCAGGAUACGAAUAAAGUUCUCAAGAAACCAUACUCUUUCUUAAAGAGCGGCGGGGGCGCGAGGCGUCCGCGGGGAGGAGCCGGGCUCGGUGCGGCGGGCUGUGCGUUCCGGGUUCGGUGCUGCGGGUUCCAGGGUCCGGGCUGCGGGCUCUGCGCCGAGAGUUCCGGGCUGCGGGCAGGAGGGUGAAGAAUUGUUUAGAGAAAAGGAAGUUGACUUCCCGAAAGUGAGCCAAUGUGAAAUACAGCUGGAUGAACGAGGUCAGAUCUUGGUUUGAGAGAGACGAUCUGAUCACCUGGAAUUAGAGCUGGUCCAGAGCCCAUUUCUGUUUCAAAAAUGUUGGAGGAAGAUAUGGAAGUGGCCAUCAAGAUGGUGGUCGUAGGAAAUGGGGCAGUUGGAAAGUCAAGUAUGAUUCAGAGAUACUGCAAAGGCAUCUUUACGAAAGACUACAAGAAGACCAUUGGUGUUGACUUCUUGGAGCGACAGAUUCAAGUUAAUGAUGAAGACGUCAGGCUGAUGUUAUGGGACACUGCAGGUCAAGAGGAGUUUGAUGCGAUAACAAAGGCCUACUAUCGAGGAGCCCAAGCUUGUGUGCUUGUAUUUUCUACAACAGACAGGGAAUCUUUUGAAGCAAUUUCCAGCUGGAGGGAAAAAGUAGUAGCAGAAGUUGGCGAUAUCCCAACUGUGCUGGUGCAAAACAAGAUUGAUCUGCUGGAUGAUUCGUGUAUCAAAAAUGAGGAGGCUGAGGGGCUGGCCAAAAGGCUGAAGCUGAGAUUCUACAGGACGUCUGUGAAGGAAGACCUAAACGUGAGUGAAGUUUUUAAAUACUUGGCUGAGAAACACCUACAAAAACUCAAACAACAAAUAACCGAAGAUCCAGAACAGACGCACUCAAGUAGUAACAAAAUCGGUGUCUUUAAUACGUCCGUUGGAAGUCACUUGGGUCAGAAUUCAAGUUCCCUGAACGGUGGAGAUGUCAUCAAUCUUAGACCUAACAAACAAAGGACCAAGAAAACCAGAAAUCCGUUCAGCAGUUGUAGUAUACCCUAAGUUGUGGUGAGGAAGAGAAAGGCUGAAUGGCACCCUGCAGUUCACUGAGAAGGGCACCUCGUCAGGAGCCCCAAGUGUGUUGGCACGCCUCGCACCGCAAUCUGAAGCUGACAUUGUAAUGUUGCUCUGCUGCGCUUCUCACAAUGUAGACAGAGCCCUCUGCUGGAAAAUUACUGCCCUGUGGACUCACUCUAGUUUUUUACAUUAGACGAAGCUUCUCCUGUUUUUGAAGGGACACCACGGGAAAUGUCAAAAACAGGUUUUGCUGAAUUUUAAAUGCUGAAAACAAAGGUGAAAUGACUAAUACUGGUACCAGUUUGACUCUUACGGACCAAGGAGAGAUGGCAAGCAUCCUUUUCUAGAAACUGGUCAUCUAGUUUAUCUGGAAUGUUCAACCAGAACGCUUAAAGAAAGUACUGAAGGAAAAGCUCGGACUUUUGUCUGACUGCACCAGUGUGUGUGUUGUCAAAUGGUUCUUGUGCAAUAUCUGUGAAGGGUGGGUUGUGGGAGUACGCAUGCAGACACCUGGCUCAGGCGAGUGGAGGUGUGUGCCCUAGGAAAGGGUAUGUAGAUUCUAAUUAGUUCGCUCAUACAACCAUUUAUACAAUUGUGUAUGUUCCUGGUCUCACAUGAGAACUUCUAGACAUAUUUUACAAAACAAACUUGGACUCAAAUGUGCCAUGUGCCAAAACACUACUCCUAAUUUUUACAGUGCUUUACUAUUAGGUUUGUAUUUAUGGUAUCGUUUAGGGCAGUUUCCUCUCCAACAGUGUAGGUGAAGGGACUGUGACAUCUGAGUGCUCAGGCCUCAUCCU